UUCCUUUUUAGCUCACAUUUGACCAAAACUCCUCCAAUCCAGGCACUCAUCAUUGACUUUUUCAAACUCAUUUCCUCUCUUUUUCCUUCUUCUCACAUCAUAAUAGACCAAACAUAAAACCAAGAAUCCUCUGUUCUUGUCUGCGAAUUUUGCUGUUGUGCUCAUCGAUGGACAUUAAACAUCAUACUUCGACUUCAAAACCUAAGAACAAGAACAAGCUUUUGAAGAUGCUUCCUAAAGCGAUGUCGUUUGGAAAUCGAGUUCCACCGUUUAGUCCCGGAAGAGAUCUCCACCACAACCACAACCACCACAAUAACACGGCGGCUAACAAAAUGUUUUUCUCUGGUCCUAUGGUUCCUUUGGUUCCUAACGCGGCUCGGGUUAGAAGAAAUAAAAGCGAUGCUGUUUGGGACGAACCUACUUCACCUAAAGUCUCUUGUAUCGGUCAAAUCAAGCUUGGUAAGUCUAAAUGUCCCACCGGUAAAAAGAACAAAACAACUCCGUUGUUGAUUCCUAAAAUCUCCAAAACCUCAACCUCGUCUUUAACCAAAGAAGAUGAAAAAGGUCGUCUUUCGAAGAUCAAGCGUAUCUUCUCGUUCUCGCCGGCGAGUGGAGGAAACAUAUCAAGAAAAUCUCAUCCCACCGCCGUAUCCGCCGCUGAUGAACAUCCUGUUACGGUGGUUUCCACCGCGGCAGUGCCUUCGUUAGGUCAGAUGAAGAAAUUCGCUAGCAGCCGUGAUGCUUUAGGUGGAUUUGAUUGGACGGUCGAGAUGAAAGAUGAAGAAGAAUCCCCAGCUGAUCAUCGCCGUGGUUACUAUUCCGACGACGAGAAGAGAGGAGCUUUCUUUAGAGACGACGAUGACGACGAUGAAGACGACAUAAUAAUCCCUUUCUCAGCUCCUUUAGGGUUAAAACCAAAGAAAGAAGUUAACUUGUGGAAGAGAAGAACCAUGGAUCCACCAAAACCACUUCAUCUUCAAACCGCUUGAUUAAAUUUCAUUUACAUUUUUUUUUUUACUUUUUUCCUUUCAAUAUACUAUAUUAAUUACUGCAGUUCAAAUUGUAUAAUGAUCAUCAUUCACAAUGAAUCAGGAUUUUGUUGUUAUGUGUAUAUGUUAAGUUGUGAUGAUGAUGAUCGUUCACUUCAAUAGUCUUUUGUGAAUAUAAAUUUUGCUCCGUC